UUCAGUAGAAAUCAACAAAACCAUGCCCAGUUUCAUCUCCAUUCUCCUCUCAAAGGAGAAAUCUUGCAAACGACCAAACCAUGUUUCCAGGAUUGUUCAUGCGUAAACCUGACAAAGCAGCUGCUCUCAAGCAGCUGAAGACUUACGUCGCCCUUUUCGGAGCUUGGGUCGCCGUAAUUCGGGUCACCCCAUACAUCUUUCACUAUUUUUUGGGUCAGAAAGAAGAACUCCUCCUCGAGCUCUAA